AUGGAGUCGACUUGUGAUUCUGCCGUCAUUGCAGCGGCACAGGCGGUAGAGAAUAUACCGGAUUUUGGAGGGAUUCCUGGUGUGGUUGGUUCGGUCGCUAGCGGCUCGACUGUGGCUGACUUCUCACCCAAGAGGAGGCAGCAGCGUCGGCCUGUGAAACGGGGAGCUCCUGAUGAUGUCGACUUCACAGCGGACUUGGUUGACGCGUCAAAGGAGUCAACACGGAGGGAGCAACAGAGUGGGAGGAAGAGAGCUCGGGUGGAGGUUGAGGAGGGUCGGCUAGGGCGGGAUGAGGAUGAAGUUGACUGCACUAUGGCGACUGCAUUACGGAUGUCACACACGACUCACAUGGCCUUGUUGGCCUUCCAAGAGAAGCAACAGGAGAUGCUCGAGCGACAGCAGACGCAGUUCGCCAAGAUGUUGGAGCAACAACAGGAUUGGAUGAAGUCCUUACAUGGGACCAUGCUGGAGACCCUCCAGCUCGCCCUGAGAGCAGCAGCAGCACCCACGAAUCAGAAGGAAUCGGCUGAGCCGAGGG